CGCCGCCGCCGCCGCCGCCCCCAUUUCCCGGGGAGGCCCUUCCUGCAGCAGCAGCAGCAGCUGGUCCGGUGGGAGGGGAGCGGCCGCCCCUGGCUCGGGGUCAGCUGAGCGCUCGAGUGCGGCGCCCGGCCCGGCGGCGAGGCCAGAGGCGGCCAGGUUGGGGUGGUGUUACUGGUGAAUCUACUGACCUACAGUAUUCAGUGAUCAGCCAUGGAAUACAACGAAGGUAUCAGUGGGGACCCUAAUCAACUAGCCCAGCAAAUAACUUCCAAUAUCCAGAAAAUCACACAAUGCUCUGCAGAAAUACAAAGAGUACUGAAUCAGCUUGGAACACCACAAGACACGCAUGAAUUGCGGCAACAGUUACAACAGAAGCAACAAUAUACAAAUCAACUUGCCAAAGAGACUGACAAAUACAUUAAAGAGUUCGGAUCUCUGCCUUCAGUAAGCGAACAGCGUCAAAGAAAAAUACAGAAAGACCGACUUGUGAAUGAGUUUACUACAGUACUUACCAACUUCCAGCGGAUCCAAAGGCAGGCUGCUGAGAGAGAGAGGGAAUUUGUUGCAAGAGUACGAGCUAGCUCCAGGGUGUCAGGGGGUGCCCCUGAGGAAAGUUACAGAGAAGGAACAUUAGUAUCUUGGGAGAGGUAAGAUACGUAAUAAAGCCCGACAAUGACAGUUUUUAAAUCACGUGUGCGUGUGUAUAAUAAAAUACAA